UGGGGACGGUUUUGGAAGAGGGACGUCUACGUUUGACAUCAGUGUAAAUAAUGUGAUAUUAGCUGUUGAGGUUGUUUUUCUUUUACAUUAAGCUCUUUGGAUUUGGAUUGCAUCCUUAGCCAACAGGGUUUGAAUUCAACAUGAAUGUUAAUCAAGGUACAGUCGGCAGUGAUCCGGUUAUACUGGCCACCGCUGGAUAUGAUCACACCGUCAGAUUCUGGCAGGCUCACAGUGGCAUUUGCACGAGAACUGUACAACACCAAGACUCGCAGGUUAAUUCUCUUGAAGUAACACCUGAUAGGAGCAUGAUUGCGGCUGCUGGGUAUCAACACAUACGCAUGUAUGACUUAAACUCAAAUAAUCCAAACCCAGUGAUCAAUUACGAUGGCGUCAGCAAGAACAUCACAUCAGUUGGCUUUCACGAGGAUGGUAGGUGGAUGUACACAGGUGGAGAAGACUGCAUGGCUCGCAUCUGGGACCUGAGGUCAAGGAACCUCCAGUGCCAACGAAUCUUCCAAGUCAAUGCACCUGUUAACUGUGUGUGUCUUCAUCCCAAUCAGGCUGAAUUAAUCGUUGGCGACCAAAGUGGUGUCAUCCACAUCUGGGAUCUAAAAACGGACCACAACGAACAGCUCAUCCCAGAACCAGACGUAUCCGUCAAUUCAGUUCACAUCGAUCCUGAUGCCAGUUAUAUGGCAGCAGUUAACAGCUCGGGCAACUGUUAUGUGUGGAAUUUGGCUGGUGGAAUGGGGGAUGAGGUGACACAGCUGAUACCCAAGACCAAGAUCCCUUCCCACAAACGCUACUCUUUACGGUGCAAAUUCAGCCCAGACUCCACAUUGCUGGCAACCUGCUCCGCUGACCAGACCUGUAAAAUCUGGCGAACCUCAAACUUCUCUCUAAUGACAGAGUUGAGUAUUAAGAGUAACAACCCAGGAGAAACGUCCCGAGGAUGGAUGUGGGAUUGUGCCUUCUCUGGGGAUUCACAGUACAUCGUUACAGCCUCCUCUGAUAACCUCGCUCGCCUGUGGUGUGUGGAGACAGGAGAGAUCAAGCGGGAAUACAGUGGCCAUCAAAAAGCCGUGGUGUGUUUAGCCUUUAAUGACAGUGUACUUGGAUGAUAUGCAGAAGCAACUUUUUCUGCAGUCUGUCAUAACACAAGGACUUUUAAUUUGACACUUGCGUCUAUUACCCAGUGGUCAUUUACGGUAUUAAAUGAAUGUUUUGUGUAUUUACGUGUAAACAUUGAAGUAUUUCUUGCAUUAAUGAUAACCUCAUAUUUCUCAAUAUUGAACACAACAUUUAAAUGCGUAUUAGAACACAUACACAUUGUUUUUGUACAUUAACUGUGC